GCACGACAUCAUGUCUCGCUCGGGAACCACUCUAUAUGUCACCGGAUUCGGCCACGGCACCCGGGCUCGCGAUCUUGCCUACGAAUUCGAACGCUAUGGGCGCCUUGUUCGCUGUGACAUUCCUGCUCCUCGAACCCCUUCUAGCCGGCUGUUCGCGUUUGUUGAGUACGAAAGCCGCCGUGAUGCUGAUGAUGCCUAUCAUGAAAUGCACAACAAGCGCAUCGGUCGCGAUGAUCUGCUGAAAAUCGAGCCUGGCCGUGAUGCCGGCCGUGAUGCUGGCCGUGAUGCUGGCCGUGACCGCCGUCGUGACCGCACUCCCCCUCGUCGUGGUCGCUCUCCCUCCCCCCGCCGCAGCCGUGGCGGUGAUUAUUCUCCUCGCCGCGAUGAUCGGUAUGAGCGGGACUAUGACCGCGAUUACGACCGCCGCGACCGUGAUUCUGACCGCCGUGACCGUGAUCACGAUCGCCGUGACCGCGACCGCUCUCGCGACCGUUCCCGCAGCCCCGAUGACCGUGAACGUGAAGUCAAGGAUGACCGAGAAAGACGUGACGAUGAUCGUGAGCGCCGCGAAGAGGACCGUGAGGUUAUCCCCAACGGUGAAGACAGGAAAGUACCCCUGGACCCAAUGCCCUCUGCUCAUGAUGAGCUUGAUACUGCUGAGUAG